AUGUCUGAUAUUGAAGUUGUUCAUAGUUUAGCACCUGCUGCUAAAAUUUUAGUCUUCUUUGCUCCAAAUAAUGGAAUGAAUGGUUAUGAAGUAUAUAAACUAGCUGCUACAAAGGCUGAUAUAAUUUCAACAAGUUGGGGAAGUUCAGAGUCAUAUGAAUCAUCUAUGAUUAAUAAUAUUUUAGCUAAAGCAAGUAUAACAGGUGCGACUAUUUUUGCAGCUUCUGGGGAUAAUGGUGCUUAUGAUAGAACAGAAGAAUUAACUGUAGAUUUUCCAGCUUCAAGUCCUCAUGCUAUAGCUGUAGGUGGAACUAAACUUAUUGUUAGCAGUAGUGGUCAAGUAAAAAAGGAAAUUUCAUGGGGUAAUGAACAAACAUUUAUUGAAGCUCAAUCUGGCCAUCAAAGCAGCAUUUCAGGCAGUGGAGGUGGAUUUAGUCAAGAUUUCAAUAUUCCUCAAUACCAAGGCAGUUCAACUAAAAAAUAUGAUAAUUCUUGUAAAUCUACAGAUUUUAGUAUACCUCAAGGUUAUACAGGUAAAUUAGGAGUUCCUGAUGUGAGCGCUAAUGCUGAUCCAUAUACUGGCUAUGCUACUACAAUUUCUGGUAAAUGGACUUUUAUAGGUGGUACUAGCUUGUCCACUCCUUUAUGGGCAGCUUUAUUUGCACGUUGUAACCAAAAAUUUGGAGAUAAUUUAGCUAAGCAUAUUCAUCUGCAUAAAGAACUAUAUGAAUUAGGAAAAAAAGGUAUUGGUUUUACUGAUAUAACGCAAGGAAAUAAUGGGUAUUAUGAAGCUAAACAAGGAUGGGAUGCUGUAACAGGAUUAGGUUCACCAAAAGGUGAAGAAUUAUGUAAUGAACUUAUUGCAAUUGCAAAUGCUGCAAAAACUGCAAAAGGUGAAAUUAUUACUUCAUCUUCUUCAACAGUAGAUUUAGAUUCUAGUAAGGAGAUGAAAGAUGAUGCUGGUACUAGUAGUAAUGAAGUUGCCAAGGAUGAACUGUAA